AUGGCCUUCUUCUUCUCUUCCUCUACUGCUGUUGCUACUUCUGCUUGUUACUGGUCUAGUCUAUGUACGGAAGUUGAUAAGGGGAAGAAGCAAAGAGCAAGCAAGGGGGUGGACGGAGGCAGCAGGAAGAUAACUACCAAAAAGCAAAGACGACGACGAAAGUUGGGGAAGCAGAAGAAGCAAAGAAAAGAGUAA